CGCGCAGCGCUGAACGAGAUCUCGCACUUUCAACCGGGUUCUGCUGCUGACCGCACCACCCAACUUGUCACCAAAGAUGGCGAUUUGCUGAGUGCUCAUGGAUACACACAUUUUACGGCUAGCCGUGAUCCUACCAGAAACGUCAACUGUAAAAACACACUAACCGCUCAACGAGCCGAUACUUAGUCGUUGGAAGAACACCGGGAGCACCGUUGGCCACCGCCACCAUGCAAAUCACACUAAAAACACUGCAACAGCAGACCAUUCAAAUUGAGAUAGAUCCCGAACAAACGGUGAAGGCCUUAAAAGAGAAGAUAGAAGCAGAAAGAGGAAAAGACAAUUUUCCUGUAUCUGGACAGAAGCUGAUAUAUGCUGGAAAAAUUCUUCAAGAUGACACGCAAAUUAAGGAGUAUAAAAUUGAUGAGAAGAAUUUUGUUGUAGUCAUGGUGUCCAAGGCUAAGACAGCAGCUGCUGCCGCAGCACCUCCUGCUUCCGAAGCACCGAAAACUCCUGCCCAGGAUUGUGGUUCCACAUCAGCAGGCCCCACUUCAACCCCAACCUCGACCCCAGCCCCAACAUCCACCCCUGCAGCUGUCCUCACCCCCCCGGAGGAGGUUAAGGAAGAGCCAAGUGUUACAGCAACAGAAACCCCUCAACCAGCCAGUUCCAGUGGAGGGAGCCAGGGUUUGGAUGCCUCUUCUGCACUGGUGACAGGAGCAGAGUAUGAAGCAAUGCUGAAAGAGAUCAUGUCCAUGGGCUAUGAGAGGGAGAGAGUGGUGGCGGCACUCCGGGCAAGCUUCAACAACCCUCACAGAGCUGUGGAGUACCUUCUCACUGGUCUCCCGAGCAGCCCAAUCCAGGACACGAAUCCCCCGGCGCACACGCCUGCAUCUGGACCCGCAGAAGCGCCGUCUCUAGCAGAAGGGGAGAACCCCCUUGCAUUCCUGCGGACUCAGCCCCAAUUUCUUCACAUGAGGCAGGCCAUCCAGCAGAACCCAGCGAUGCUUCCAGCUCUUCUGCAACAGCUUGGCAGGGAAAACCCUCAACUCUUGCAGCAAAUCAGUCAGCACCAGGAGCUGUUCAUCCAAAUGUUGAACGAGCCGGUGGGCGAGGGCGGGGAGGCGCCAGAAGUUGGCGAGAUCGGGGCGGCGGGUGAGGAGGGUGCGCCCGUCAACUAUAUCCAAGUCACACCUCAGGAGAAGGAAGCCAUUGAAAGGCUAAAAGCACUCGGCUUCCCCGAGGCGCUCGUCAUCCAGGCCUACUUCGCCUGCGAGAAGAACGAGAACCUGGCCGCCAACUUCCUCCUCAACCAGGGACUGGAAGACGACUGAAGAGCCGAGACGGACGGCCGCCUUCCUGCUCCUCCGUUCCCACCCCUCCCCUCUUCAAAGACUGCACCCCCAAUUUACCUGUACAGCCACCAACCUCAGCUCCACUCAGCGGGAGGGGCGAGGGGAGAGCCAGAAGGGAGUGGGGUGGGGUGGGAUGGGAUGGGGUCAGGUUUUGUGCAAAGGCCAGACUUAAUGAUUCUUUAGUUCGUGGAAGGUCGCGUGAAAGAGAGUGGACAAAUCCACGUGAAUUCCAAUGGAAUGUGUGGGCUUUGUUUAGGGGACGUCCACCAUUUGAUUUUAGAUGCGCUUUGUGAACACUUAAAGGGGGGGGCUGAAGUUGCUGCGCUAAGUGUGUGCGAGUGCUUGUCUGUGUGCGCGUGCGUGAGUGAGCGAAUAGACAUCUGCGUGCCUGUGCAGAUGCGAUACAGAUACGCUGACGUAAUCGGUUUGCAUUGCCUAAGUUUGUUCAUGAUGUAGCUGAGCACAUUCGUCCCACGGUCAGCAUUGUGCGCGCCACGUUUGUCUCCGACGUUUCAUCACAAACAGGUUUUGCCGUGGUUUUCGGGGGGCGCGCACAGAAUCAACGGACAAUAUUUGGUCUUCCCUCGUGUGUCACUUUUUGUUUGUCCGCACCGGCCCGGAAAGACAGCAGCCCAUCGGUGAGUCAACGUCGCUCGCGCCAGCAACGCCGGCCACUUCGGGUGCACACCGGAAUGAUCCUGAAAAACCUUCUCUGCAAUUUCGAAAAUGAAAUGCAAAACUUUUUUUUGCUCACGAAAUACACACA